AUAUUCCCUCUCUCCACAAUUGCCCUUGCCUCGCCUCAAGCAAUCAAACGCAACAAGGGUUUCUCUUCGCUCCUUUAGCUAACACCGAUCAUCCAUGGCUAACAACUCUUCCUCCGAUUCUCGCCACACUCUCUCCGUCGUUCCUCCUCACCAGAUCUCCAAAGAUGUGCAAGGAUCCGACAAUCCUAUACCUCUUUCACCGCAAUGGCUUCUUCCAAAGGCAAGUGAGAAUAAGUCUGGAGUAGGAAUUGGGGAAAGCCAUUUCAAUGCAUAUCCAGUGUAUGGGAAUCGCGUGGAGAACAUGAAGUCAUCAGGAAAUGGUGAGGAGAUGCCUGAUGCCCAGAAGAAAAAAGAUGUUUUCCGUCCCUCCUUGCUUGAUAUGGAAACUGGUCGUCGUGAUCGCUGGCGAGAUGAAGAAAGAGACACCAAUUCCUCCUUGGUGCGCAAAGAUCGUUGGAGAGAUGGAGAUAAGGAGCACGGUGACAUCCGGCGGAUGGAUCGCUGGAUGGACAAUUCAUCAACCAGACAUUAUGAGUCACGCCGUGCUCCUUCCGAGCGCUGGACUGAUUCAGGUAACAGAGAGACUAACUAUGAUCAGCGGCGAGAGAGCAAGUGGAAUACACGUUGGGGGCCUGAUGACAAGGAGACAACAAGUGCACGCGACAAGUGGAUGGACUCUGGAAGAGAUGGUGACUUGCCUCUUGAAAAGGGGUUGUCUCAUCUUCCUAGUCAUGGAAAGGAUGAGAGGGAGGGUGAUCAUUACCGGCCAUGGAGAUCUAACUCCUCCCAAAGUCGAGGAAGGGGAGAGCCUCCUCAUCACCAACCUUUAAUGGCAAAUAAACAACAGGUUCUGACAUUUUCUCCUGGCCGUGGACGUGGGGAAAAUACUCCAACUUUUCAUUCUCAAUCUUGGGGAGCCACCAUGUUGCAUAAGGGUGAAAGUGGUCCUUUAAGAUAUAGUAGGACAAAAUUGCUUGAUGUUUACAGGAUGACUGACAUGAAAUUAUAUAGUAAACUAUUAGAUGGAUUUGUCCAAGUGCCUUCUCUUACACAGGAAGAAGCCUUGGAGCCACUGGCACUCUGUGCGCCUAAUUCUGAGGAAACGGCUGUUUUGAAGGGAAUUGACAAAGGGGACAUUGUAAGUAGCGGUGCACCUCAGAUGUCCAAAGAGGGUUCUUUGGGACGGACCUCGAUAGAUUCACAAUCAAGACGAGCCAAACUUGGCAGUAGAGAAGAUGUUUCAUUUCCUAUUGACAAUGCUAAAGAUGAAAAUGUUGACAAUUCAAAAGUUGGUUACGGAAAUUGCACAGAGGUAUCUUCCCAUGAAAGGCAGACACAGCAUCAUGGAUCCAAUACAGAAUUGGAAGCCAUGCUUAAUCAUAAGUUGAUUCAUGAUAACAAAUUAAAAGCUGAAGUUAUUAAAGAAGAUACUGGUAUUCACAGAAGGAUUGAUGAGCCACCUAUCAUUAGGGAAUCAACUUUGCAGGGAAAUAAUUCUGAGCAUCCUAACACUCCUUGGCGAGCCCAAUCACUGGGAGAACAUUUGCAUAUGGCCUUGAAUGACUGGAGAGAGAUUCCAAGUGAUGGCAGGUCAAGGACCUCUGAGAUGGGCUGGAAUCAACCUCAGAAAGAUCUAGAUAAUCGGUGGGACAGUAAUUUGGUUAACUCUCCGUGUCUCAAAGAUGAAGCAAAAUGGCAAGCCGGUGAAGAUCCCGUUAUUAGGAGGCAGCCAUCUGUGCUUCUGGAUAGGGAACAAGAAGCCAAGAAGCUUUCUCAGCCCUCACCGGAGAAUCUAGUUCUUUACUAUAAAGAUCCUCAGGGUGAAAUUCAAGGUCCUUUUUCUGGUAGUGAUAUUAUUGGAUGGUUUGAGGCUGGAUAUUUUGGGAUAGAUUUGCAAGUUCAGCUUGCAAGUGCAUCAAAGGACUCGUCAUUUUCAUUACUUGGUGAUGUGAUGCCUCAUUUGCGAGCUAAGGCAAGACCGCCACCUGGGUUUAGUGCUCCAAAACAAAAUGAAUUCACAGAUGCAGCAAGUAGGUCUAACUAUAGUAGUUUUGGAAAUGUUCAUUCUGGUCUAAGCGAGCUUGAUCUGGUAAGAAGUGAACCAAGGCAGAAACCUGUUUCGACAACAGAAGCUGAAAAUAGAUUCUUGGAGUCACUGAUGUCUGGAAAUAUAAGCAAUUCAUCUCAAGGUUUGCAAGGAUAUGUUGGAAAUAGUUCUGCUAGUAUUGCCCCAUCGGGUGUUGAUGGUGGAAAUGACCUGUAUCUUUUGGCAAAGAGAAUGGCACUUGAACGUCAGAGGUCAUUACAUAAUCCUUAUCCAUAUUGGCCUGGGAGGGAUGCUGCACCUGUGGCUUCAAAAUCAGAAGUUCUCUCAGACUCUCCAAUGCCACAUGCAAAACUCUUAUCUUCAUUAAGCGACAAUCCUCGUCAGCCCCCUCAUUCUCAGAAUGCUGACCUGUUGUCCAUCCUUCAAGGCUCUGCCUCUGGCAUUAAUAAUGAUGUUACUGGUUGGUCAAAUUUCCCUGCCCAAGGAAGUCUGGAUCCUCUUCAGGAUAAGAUUGACUUGCAUCAUACCCAGAAUUUCCCCCCACAAGCUACCUUUGGGCAACAACAGAGGCUUCAGCCACAGAGACCACCCUCCUUAGCAAAUCUACUUGGUCAAGCAAUAGAUAGUCCAUCUGGUGUUUUGACACCUGAAGCUUUACUCUCCCCCAGUUUAUCUCAAGAUCCACAAUUGCUAAAUAUGUUGCAACAGCAGUACUUGUUGCAGUUACAUUCCCAGGCUCCUCUUCCAGCACAGCAGCUGUCAGUGUUGGAUAAGUUUUUGUUGCUUAAACAGCAGCAGAAACAGGAGGAGCAACAGUUGCUGAGACAACAGCAGCUGCUUUCUCAGGUUUUGUCGGAACAUCAUUCUCACCAACUUUUUGGAGAGCCACCAUAUGGACAGUUCCAUUCUUCUGCAAUAGCUACAGGAAACAUAUCUGCUGAUGCUUCUCGGCUUCAGCCAUCAAAAGAAAUGCUGCAGAUUGGUUCUCAGAUACCUGUUUCAAAUUUUCAAGAUGAACACCCUCCUGGCUUGAUGAAUUUUCCUCCACAAGUUACUCAGGAUGUUAGUUGUAAUGUUGAUACAGGAGUAUCUUCUUUCCAACUUUCGCAUCAGAUGUUUGGGAAUGUUAAUAGUCAACAAGGUUGGGGUACUAUCCCUGAACAGAAUGAUGAAAUGCACCAGAAGGAAUCCUUGCUAGCAUCAUCACCUGUAGAGAUAUCAUCUUCACAAGAGUUGAUGGACAAAUCUACACAGGAGUGUUCCAUUGUGCCUGAACCUGUACAUGCUUCUGAUCACCAUGCUCCUCUUUCUGUGGAGCAGGCAUCAGAAUACACUUGGAUUGAAGAAACUUCACAGGUUGCAAUUCCUGAGAUUACUGCAAAUGCUGUACAACUGGAUUCCGCUGGGAUCUCGGUUACUAGACCUCUAUCAGGAACUCAUGAGGAUGAAAUUACAAAGCUUGAACAUGCCUGUGCGAUGAAAGUUCAGCUAGAUGGCACUCUUGGUGAGCAGCAGGUUGAAAAAGAAAGGUCCAGUGAUGAGCCCUCAGUGCCUGUGGAGGCAGAUGUGAAAAAAGUUGAAGUUCACGAGGCAAGAAAAGCUUCUGAGAAGAAACCCAGAAAGCAAAAAUCUGCUAAAUCAAAGUCUACAGACCAGAUAAAGGGAACAUCUAAGAAUUCCACUGUGCAGCAAAUAAGGCAAUCAGAAAGUGAAAGGCCAAAUUUUGGUGACAACAAAUUUGAGUCUCAUAAUGGAGCAGGAGAAAAUCUUCAUGGCACGCCACCAGAAAAGAUAAGAGACAACAAGUUUGGGAUUUCUUCUGCAGAAAUUAAGUAUUCCCAACCAGAUAAAAGUUUUAUGUCUUCAGAUUUUACUACGGAUGACGCUGAAAUCACAGAAAAUGAUGAAUCUAAACCUGUUGUGUCUGUUUCAAUUCUCAAUGCCCAGGUAAAUGUGGGGCAACGAGCUUGGAAACCUGCACCUGGUUUCAAACCAAAAUCAUUGUUGGAAAUUCAACUGGAAGAACAGAGAAAGGCAAAGGCAGAAGUAGCAGUUUCUGAGAUCACCUCUUCUGUGAGCUCCAUGACUUUGACAACUCCUUGGGUUGGGGUUGUGGGCAGUUCAGAGCCAAAGAUUUCCAGAGAAACUCCUAAAGAUGCAAGUAAUAAUGAGUUAAAUGUGGGGAAACCUGAAAUUUCACCUAAUUCAAAGAGCAAGAAAAGCCAGUUACAUGAUCUAUUGGCAGAAGAAGUUUUGGCAAAGUCUAAUGAUGGAGAGAUGGAGGUUCUUGAAAGUGUGUCUAGCUUGCCUUCUCAACAACUCACCAUGACUAAUGUGGAAUCUGUAGAUGAUGACAACUUUAUUGAAGCUAAAGAUACUAAAAAGAGUCGCAAAAAGUCUGCUAAAGCUAAGGGUACUGGCACUAAGGCCUUAGUGCCUACAACUGUUGAUGUGCCCGUUAGUUCAAGUCCUAUUGAGAAAGGAAAAAGCUCCCGUCUUGUGCAACAGGAGAAGGAAGUAUUGCCUGCAAUUCCGUCAGGCCCUUCUUUAGGAGAUUUUGUUUUUUGGAAAGGAGAGUCAACAACUCAUUCCCCUUCUCCAGCAUGGUCUACUGACACCAAGAAGCUCCCUAAACCCACCUCUUUAAGGGACAUACUAAUGGAGCAGGAGAAGAAGGUUUCUUCCGUCCAGCCUCAAAAUCCAAUGAUAACCCUUCAGAAACCCCAGCCAACUCAAGCUACCCAAGGAAGUGGUCCUUCAUGGUCACUUUCUGCUUCUUCUCCCUCUAAGGCUGCUUCUUCCAUCCAGAUCAAUUCCAAUGCUGCUAUUCAGUCAAAAUAUAAAGCAGAUGAUGACCUAUUCUGGGGCCCAGUUGAUCAAUCUAAGCAGGAAACUAAGCAGUCUGAAUUUCCUCAGCUGGUGAACCAGGGCAGUUGGGGAACCAAAAACACUCCUGUAAAAGGAACUCCAAGUGGUUCAUUAAGCCGACAAAAAUCCUUGGGUGGCAGGCAUGCUGAGCGUUCCCUUUCAUCCUCACCUGCCUCGGUUCAGUCAUCUCUUAAAGGGAAAAGAGAUACAAUUAACAAACAGUCUGAGGCCAUGGACUUCAGAGAUUGGUGUGAAAGUGAGUGUGUUAGACUUAUUGGGACAAAAGAUACGAGUUUCUUGGAGUUCUGCUCGAAGCAAUCCAGAUCAGAGGCUGAGAUGCUUCUGAUAGAGAAUCUUGGAUCAUUUGACCCCAAUCACGAGUUCAUUGACAAAUUCCUCAAUUAUAAAGAGUUGUUACCAGCAGAUGUACUCGAAAUCGCCUUUCAAAGUCGGAAUGAUCGAAUGGCCACUGCUUUCAGUGCUGGAGAUAUGAAUUUUGAAAAUGCUGGUGUUGGGGACUACGACGGUGAUAUCACCAUGGGACUUGAUGGGUCCUCAAAGGGUGGUGGAAAGAAAAAAGGAAAGAAAGGCAAGAAGGUUAGCCCUUCCGUUUUGGGAUUUAAUGUUGUCAGUAACAGGAUCAUGAUGGGUGAGAUUCAGACGGUUGAAGAUUAGGAGUCUUCUCAAGGUACAUGUAAAUACAAUUUGCUUUAACUAUGUGUAAGUGUUGUCUUAGGAUUUUUGUCUUGGCGUAAUGACGAAAAAAGCCAUAUCUUCUUGGUUUUUUUCUUCCAAAACUUCUAAUUUUGGCAAUUUUAUCCAAAUUGCAUACGGUGCAACUUUUUGCUAACUGAAUUUUCAGAUUAGUCUAUGGUCAAUUGAAUAUUCAAUUUUAUCA